AUGCCAUUCCAGAUUCCAGAAACCAAGGCAGAACAGAACGUCUAUGCUUUUAGACCUCAUUUAUUAGCACUGCCACAAUCACAGAAAGUCAGUUCACAUGGAUUACUUGGAAAGGAAGGAAAGGAAGGAAAGGAAAAGGAAAUGGAAAGGGUCAAGGGAUGGAAACAGAGACAGAAACAGAAACGCCCAACACCUCAAGAAAAUGACCAAAAAGCCUUCCAUCUUCGGACAAAUUUAAAAUUCGUGACAAUGCAAAUCUGGGUCAAGGUCAAAUCAUGUUACAUUCAUGCGACGGAUAACCACUUUUAA